AUGACAGCGAAGUGUUUGAUGGCGACUUUCUGCCUAGCAAAAAUGAAGGAAAAGACCUAUAUGUUCAACGAAAAAAAUGCCAUAGAUCAGGGUAUUUUAGCCACAUCGAAAACUUUAGCUGUGAGCAAUGCAAUGUACCUUUUUGAAUAUCGAAUAUUGAAUAUCGAAGUGUGUAGCAGUCGUCAUGCGGACCACUGAGGAAACAGCCAUCACAUCCUAGAGAGUCGACGUUAGUAGUAUGAGGGGGCAUGUGGAUGAAAAAAAGUGAGGGGACGUCGGGGACAUCGGGGAUACUGGAAAAAACCAGUAUCACCGGCAAGUCAGUCAAGUCAAUCUGGUCUUUGUUCUGUAACCAUUUUUGCAGUUAAUUCUAUCGAGUGAAUUUCCAAAACCUAACUAAAUGUCCUAGCCCUAACUAAAUGUCCUAAACCUAACUAAAUGUCCUAGCCCUAACUAAAUUUGCUAAACCUAACUAAAAUCUGUUGGGCGCAGUGUUUAGACCUAAAUCAGUUGGGUGCAGUGUUUAGAGCUAAAUCAGUUAAAUCAGUGUAAAUUUACACUACGUCAACAGAUUAAACACUGCGCCCAACUGAUUUUUAGUUAGGUUUAGGACAUUUAGAAAGGGCUAGGACAUUUAGUUAGGUUUUGGAAAAUGACACUACGUCAACAGAUUAAACACUGCGCCCAACUGAUUUAGCUCUAAACACUGCACCCAACUGAUUUAGGUCUAAACACUGCGCCCAACAGAUUUUAGUUAGGUUUAGCAAAUUUAGUUAGGGCUAGGACAUUUAGUUAGGUUUAGGACAUUUAGUUAGGGCUAGGACAUUUAGUUAGGUUUUGGAAAUUCACUCGAUAGAAUUAACUGCAAAAAUGGUUACAGAACAAAGACCAGAUUGACUUGACUGACUUGCUGGUGAUACUGGUUUUUUCCAGUAUCCCCGAUGUCCCCGAUGUCCCCUCACUUUUGUUCAUCCACAUGCCCCCUUAUACUACUGACGUUUGGUUCAUCGAAGGUAUCUAUCACAAAAGAAUAUGUACACUUCUUUUUGAAAACAAUCGGUAUUAGUCCUUAGCCCUAAAUAUGUGAAUGCUGUGUCAGCAUCAGAGCAUCAGACUGAUUAUGUACUACGACAAUAAAAUGUGAGUUCUAUAUAAACCUAGACAUGUAGACUUACAUUAAAGUGACAGGAGUCACGGUACUUAAAGUAACGAAAAAAUCGGUUUUUUUAACAUUUUCAUUUCCUAAACCGCUAAUUUAUAACGAAGAACGGUAAUCCUUGGGAAAAUGGCAAGAUGACUGACCGUUAUACACAGGUUUGACAUCAUUAGGCUAAUUUUCAGAAUCUAAUGUAAAAGAAUAUGUAAGGAUUGCAAAUAACGACAAAAAUUCAAUAAGUUCAUUGCCAUCAAGAAGUAACAAAUAAUUUCAUCUUCUGAUUUUUAUUCUUUAUUUUGGUAGAGUAACAUGCAGGAAAAUGCCCUAUGAACCUAGCAAAUAAAUACCUCAACCACUCUCAAAAUUUUAUCUUACUCAGCCGAGAAAGAAAAGUUAAAAUUCUGACUUUUAAAAAAGGAUGUGCAUUCAAUGAACGUCCAGUCUAUAAUUAUUCUCAUGAUAAGUUAUUUAAACAUACAAUUACCGCUAUACACUGCACUGUGAAAGAUAAAUAUGACCGCUUCGUACACUGAGACGCUAGGAGCCUAGUGCAUUUCAGUUUUCAACUGUGGUCAAUAGCCCCUUUAAAGGUUUUUAAACUUUUGACAUGGACCAGUUACGGAAAACUUGCCAAGCAUAAAAGCGAUAUACGUCUAAACUAGCGAAAUAUACAUUGUAGCGCCGGAAAGUUGCGAAAAUUUACUGUCGUUUGUAUGAAGGGGGGCAAGUUUGUUCCCCCACCAUACAAGACGUCUGUAAAUUUUCGCGUCUUUGAGGGGCUAUCAGUCUUGCAAUUGGCUAGUUUUCAACAAAUGACUUUGUAUUCAAACUUGGCAGUUUUGAAAUUGAAAGGCGCUUUUUCCAGCGGAGGCCGUGAUGGAUCAUCCUUUACUUGUCCAUGCCAAAAGGUUGAAAAAAUCCGUUGAAAGGUCUAUUGUAUGACGAAUCGUCCCCAAGAACGAUUUGGAACAAUAAAUGUAACUUGUCUACAUUAUUCCACUUAAAUGAUUGAUGUUCCUUUCUCAAAAUAACGUUCUCUCUCCAGCACCCGGAAAAAGGCAGUGUUUUUAUUAGUUUGUGUGUAUACGGAUUUCCUUUGCCUAACGUGCUUCAACACCAGCAAACGUAGCAGGCAACAUACGUGAUAAAAUGUAUUAAACAUUGAAAUAAACCCCGGGAAUAAAUAGAGAGUCAGUUCUCUCUUUAUAACGAAGAAGACUUGUACGUACCAGUGUUUCGAAGUGCCUCCUAGGUGUACUAAUGCUUGGAUACGAAUGAUUGUCGUCCACUGAAUCUUUUCGCAUCCAAAGUCCAACAAGAUUAUCCAGCGUUCGUUCGAUUUAUUUGCUGCUUAUUUUUUUGUGAAGUGCGAAUCAAUGCCGGAAGUAGUGUCAAUCUCGAUGCUGCUGUGAAACCCGCCUCAGUUUCUCGUAGAAAACAUUAAAUGAGUCUGUUUGUCGUCUUUCACUUAUUUCCCAAAGGAGUUUAGUCUACUUAUUUUAAAACUGAACUUUAACGACACCACAGUGAAACUGUUUUUAGAGCUCAGUGAUGAAUCACUGAUUUAGGUUUGCAUUUAUAAAGACUUUAAUUUGUAUACGUUUGAACCAAUCAGAAACCUUUGAUCUGUUGACGUCAUUCUGUUCCAAGGCAGGUCACGUUGUAAAUAUGUUGCAGUUCAAUUUUGUUCUUGCUUUAAAUUUUAUUUUAUUUCAUAUUUGUUUGUUUUUAAUUUUUGGCAUGGCAACGUACAUUAAUCAAUUGUUGGUAAGUCAAGAUGUAUGGUGAGACCUGGGUGAGACUUUAAAAUUGUUUGUUUAUUGGAUUUCUCUCCAGUCUAUACAGUUCAGUGAAUAGUUUUAAAGUUUAAAUGAUAUACCCAUCCCCAAAAAAAAAAAAAAAAAAAAAAAAUUGAAUUCCCUUAUGCUGUCCCAAAAAUAUUUAACCUUUUGCUUUGUUGAAACAAACGUGGUUACCUUAAAAUAGAAACCAGGCCCCGUUAUUAAAAUUCAUGGAAGCAGCCUAAGUUUCUAAUGAUGAGGCUGGGGGCUAGGAUAAUGUUAUAUUUUGUAAUGUUUUCUUAUAGGGAAGAUAAUGAAGUUGCAGGACAUGCAGUUGCUUCAGCAAGAUUGCCAAUAGAGCAAGGGGUAAGUAGAUAUUCACAAGCUCAAAAGGUUCCUGUCAGUAUCCCAAUAUCAAAACCUCCCGAUAUUAGAAAAGAUAAAAUCACUUUUAUCAUUAGCACUGGAGAAGUUUUCUGCGGUUCAUGUUUUCAUUUGCUCCACGUCGCUGGCUGUUUUCGCAGGCUAUGUUUCCAUAAAGAAUGUUGCCGAAAUCAAUAUCCCAUAAAUCCUAUCGCAAGUUGUGACUUAAAAAAAAUUGCAGCUUUGAAUUUAUCUGUUUAGUACAUAUUCAAGUUUUGGCAUCAGCACAGUUAGACUGCCAGGACCCGCUUCGGUGAUAGUUGGAUGCUGGGACUCACAAGAAUUGUUUUUCGACGCAUUCAUUGAGAGACAACUUUUAACAAGAAAGUGACAAUAUCUCCUACGCUUGUUUAAAAAUAUGAUUUCCACUUUUUGCAGGCGAUCGGUGGUCAACAACCCAUUGAAGGAGUAUAUCUUCCCAUUCAUGAUGUAGAACAGACAGAACAUGGAUCUCAACAGCUUUUUAUUGGUCAACCUAACGCUGCAGGCAUUUAUAAUGGGCUGAUGGAUCACCAAGGGAUCUCACCAUUGCCAGUUGUGCCACCAAGAUACCCUGACCGUCUGAAAGAGAUACUUGUUGAGAAUAUGAAUUUUCAUCCAAUGCAGGAGGUUCACUUAUACCAGUUUCGAUCUCGAAGAGGUAGACAGCCGAUGCAGUACGCGGAGCAAACUAGAGGAAUGCAGUUCAGAGAUUGGUCCGAAGCUAGACCACCAGCAACUCAGAUGCACUGCGGGCGAGGACGGACUGUUCCAACUGAGUCGUUCGCUGGAAUCAGGUGCCCUAGAUCUGUCGAGGAGACCAGCCAAUUUCCGGAGCAGAAUCAAGGAGGUGAACGCAUGCGUGCAUCCAGUUAUCCACGACAGCUGACUUUGAACAGGUCAGUAUACGUCCUCAAAUUAAGCCAAACGCAUAUCCCAUCGAACUAAUUCGAGGGCUAGUUUAAAUUUUUCCCGAUCCUCUGGCCACGGGUAAGCAGUGCGUCAUGUUACACCUUGACUUGAUUGAAAUCGCAGUGGUUGGUUUUACAUCUCUAAUGAGCUUGCAGGAAUAGCAAAAUCAUGACGUAGUUUAAUAGACAGUUUAAUUUCUAUGAUCUUUGCUACCUAGCCUGCGAACGGCAGACAUUUUUCCUCGCUCAUCGCCGCUGAGGAACGUUUCGCGUUUCCUCCUCGCGAAAUUAAACGUCCCUCAGCGGCGAUGAGCGAGGAGAAACGUCUGUCGUUCGCAGGCUAUUUGCUACCUAGUUACUUAUUAAUACGCUGAAAGGGUCUUUUAAAGAAAGCCAUGAAAUUCUAAGUAAACAUCCGGAAAUUACAGCAGUUACAGGUCAUAAUGACUUCCAUAAACAUCGCACAAGCGUCAAAGUUUACUUUUUUAGCCAGUAUAGCAUCCAAGUUUGUUAGCGACUGUUUCCAAUUUGUCUUUUUCCCCGGGGGGGAGGGGGUAAUGCCAUAUAUGGGCUAUAUAGGUAUGUGCAGCUGUGAAGGGUAUGGUUUUCAAGCAGUUUAUUCUAGGAUAGGGUAUAUAAAUCAGAGCGUUUGGGUCUAGAAUAGGGUAUCAUUUUUCAGGAAACUGAUCAGUUGGUUGCAGAUUUUAUCUAGACUAGGUAAACAGCUACUCUAGGAUAGGGGGAUUUGGGAAGUUUACUCUAGAAUAGGGUAGCAAAAUUCAGCUGAACUUAGCUCUGGUAUAGGUUAAGGGUUCCGGGGUCCCAGCGGCACAUCCCCGCCCAGAAAUUCCUAAAGUACCCCCACCGGGGUCUUUUUCCCUAUGCCACAACUCAAAAACCGCCCUUACAAAACCAACCAGACUUUUACGAAAAAUGAAAUAAUCAUCCUAAAAUCGAUUUUUCUCUACAGGUCAAGUCCACCAGAGCCUUUGUUAACUAAAGGUCAGAUCUGUGGUGGAGAUUAUACUUGGAUUAUAGAGCAUUUCUCUCAGCUCCUCCAGGGUGAUAGUGAUGGAAUAAAAACAUCACUUGAUAGUCCUCCGAUUUACACUAGUUUGUGUGGAUACAAGUUCUUCAUGCGUAUCUACCCAAAAGGCGUUGAUGGUGGAGAUGGAAGACACAUUGCCCUUUUUGUUGGUAUGAUGAAGGGGGAUUUUGAUAACAGGCUCAAAUGGCCAUUUUGUGGACGAAUCUCCCUCUCCAUGUUGGAUCAAAGCAAUGAUGCUCACAGCCUCUGCAACGAUGUCAGUGGCACUUUCAUGGCCAACAGAAAUCUUGAAGCUUUUCAGAAACCCUCUGCCAGCGGACAAUACACUACCCUGUAUGGCUACGAGAAGUUUGCGCCCAUCGACACGGUUCGUUGCCCACAGUACUCCAAAGAUGAUGCAGUGAUGAUCAAUAUCGAGAUUCACAAAAAUUUCUAAACAUUUUUCAUAUAAGAACGUACAACUUCUAGGCUGUAAAAACUCCAUAAAAUGAUCUUCCCACUUUAUGAAUCAAAAUAGAUCCAAGUAGAAAAACUCCAACUGAGCUUCAAUGAUAAUCAUCACUUCUUGCAGUAAUGUUUCUAUACAGAAAUGUUAGUAAAUUAAAAUAUGUAGCCGUUAACUUUGCAUUAGGUCUUAGAUAGGUUUAUAAUUUGUUUUGAGGAUUAUUUUUACCAUUUUACUCAAUACUUUUCUUUUUGAAUAAUGAUAUAAACCUUAAGCCGAUAGGAGUCAGUUAUAGGCUCCUGCUAAGAGUAAUCAGCAUCAAAUUUCUCUGUUCAAUGUAAGUGCUUCAUAAAACAGAGGGAAAUCGAUGAAAACAACACCAGACAAGUUGGAAUUCCUAAACGUUCUCGAUCCCACUUGAUCCGUUUGGGAAAUGUACAAAAGACAACAAAUGAGGACCUACGUUUUUUUUAUGUGAGGGUUUAAAAGGCCUAUAAAGAGAAUACCGACCUCAAUAGAUUUCGGAUGUCCGCUCGAAAGAGAUGUCUACUUAAUACAAGUGUUUUUAUUGAAAGUUUGAGGAAAUAGUUCAUAUUCUCCAGUACACAAGUUUACGCUUACUGUAGUUGUGAGUUUCCUACAUAGGGAGAGGGGUGGUACCUGGCCCCAAAUAUUGUUACCAGUUUCCGCGACGUAAAUAUUCGUACAGUUAAAUGCCGCACAUGCAAAUACCUUCAAUAAAUAUAAUUUUGCAGCAUUGUCGCUAUAAGAGCCUUGGUAAUGUUCGCCCGUUCUUUACCGUGUGAGAGGAAAAUCAUUGUUUUAGUCUAAGUCGAAUGGAUUUACUGUACAGUCUAUUUCUUUUAGAUGUAACGCUAGAAAAUCGCCUAGCGUUAUUUUUGCGGAAGCGCAAAACUAGGCCGUAGGUUUGAGUAGGUAGUGUAGUGUAUCAGAGACAGUGGGGGAAGUUUCCCGUUAUUUUCUAAGUGAAAAGUUAUAUUCCGCAAUGUAGUCAUAUAGUGUAUACCUGCAAAUAUAAUGAAGGGGGUGGCGAAAAGUUUUCUUGAAAUGUUACGUCAUUUUAACAACAUCGGCACCUGUCAGUUUACGUUGCAAUAAAGGAGGUGAAAGCGCGCUUUUGCCUCGAGGUAGUGGUGCUUGCCGUGGAGAUAUUCUCAAUUGCCAAAAGGUUGGAUGUACCCUAUGAGCAGAGUCUCCUAGGAAGAUCGAAGGAGACUCUGCUCGCAGGGUAGGUUUGGUGGAGAUCUUCAUAGAAUAAUAAAUUCCCUUAAAGACUAAACUUUGUUUUCUUUCGCCAUCCCUAUUUUAUGCUAAGAAAAAUGCUAUCGUUAAGUUAAAAAGAGAGUGAAAAUGCUCAGCUAUUGAGUAGUAGUAGUAUCGGUUGCACUUGUAUAAAAUCAAUAAAGUAAACGUGAAACGUUGCGCAUUAUUUCGAAUUAUUUUUUUGAUCAUUUGAUUGCAUAAUGUAAGGAGCCUGUGUUCAAUACAUUUUUUGGGUGUUGCGUUGUCGUGCUAGCUGUUGAAACUUGCCCCUGAGUAUUUCUCUUUCUCUGGGCGUUAUUACUCGCUGUUCUUGUGGGUGCUUGAGCAUUGAAUAAAAACAGAGAGGGAAAAUAUGGAAAAUCAAAAUGAUAAAGCUUGGGAAGCCUGUGAAAUGAGCCCACGUUUAACAACGGUAAUCCAAGAUGGCGGCCAUGUCACGAGAAGGUCAGUUGUAUUUUUUAUUUUUAGAUUUUGAUUCUUCAGGAAAGCGUUUUUCCUAUAAUCGCGGUCAUAAUAAUAUGGUGUUUUUGUACUCAACUCAUUUUUGUCUUUAUACAGUGUCAUGGUACCAUCAGACGAAACAUCUUCGUGUGUGGGUUAAAUCACAGCGAAAGCCAGUGUAAGCUUGCUUUAGUUUUACAAAAACUAAAGAAGAUGUCUUCUACAAGUAGCAGUCGUCUUUGUAACUGCUUCCGUUCGAUGUGGACUUCAACAGUGCAGUGUAUUGUGUCACAGGAUGAGAGUGUUAGGCGGAGACGACGCUUGUUGUUGGGGAUUGUUGUUUUACUGAUGGUGGACGUUCUUUGGGUUGGCUCGUCAGAACUGACAGAUGUGAGAACAAAUUUAAUACUACUUAUUACUACUCUAUUACCAGAUAGCGUACGAAAAUUACCUCCAAAUACUUAAAAGGAAACCUUUUCAUCAGAACAUUACAAUAAAAAUUAAUAAAUGGUUUGCAACCAUAUCAUCUGGCAAGGCUACUAUGUUGGUGGACAAUACAAAAUACAUAUUUUCUUUACAGAAAAUUUGUAUGAGAACAGGGUUUAAAGUUCCCAGUAGAGAGAAAAGCUUUUGUUAUUGACCAACAAGAUGUUUACCAUGAUGUCGUCAUAUGUAAACCAGCUGAUAUGGUUGCUUUUAUCAGGGGUGGAUCAUUAAUUAGAAAAGUUAUGGAAGGGGUGGGAACGUUUUUGAGCUGCAUGAUUUUUUUUUGUUAACAUGUCCAUUAUUUCUUUAGUCUUUUUUUUCCUUGAAUUAAUUUUGCAUGUGUGUUCUUGUAAUCCUCUCCACCCCACCCCAUCCCACCUCCUCCCAUAGCUUUUCUAAUGGUCUGCCUAAUAAGUAGAAGUAUCCAUGGCAAGAAGCUGGUUGGACUGUGCAAAUAACUAAUAAAUAAUCCAUUUUUAUUGAGUUGGUUGGGGUUAGAUUAUGUCCUCAAUACAGGCUACCAACCACACAACCUCUCUACCUUUCCAAAAACAAAUCUGACCCCUUUGCAGUGGCAUUUUCAAACCAAACUAAGGCCCAAAGUCCUGAAAAAAAAAUUUUAGGAGACUGCCCCCCCCCCGCCCCUCCCCCCCAUCUAAGAGUCUGGAUGACCGGUUCCCUGUUAUCUCAAAGUCUGGAUCUGGCACUGCUCUGAACAAAUUUUUGACACAGCUUUAAUGAAAACAAAAGUUUGCUUUCCACUAGACCAGGGCUCGAAGUUAUCUUUUUAGUGCACUUGCAAAGUUUUGCUAGUAAGAUUUUUUUCGACUAGCAAACUGGUGAGACCAAAAGCAAUUUAUUUCCCUUUGUUUGGGAGACAUGGAUAAUUCUAACUCGCAAUUGUUUGCUAGUGGAUAUUUUUCUUACUCGCAGAUUAUCAAAAUCACUCGCAUUUUGCGAGUUUGCGAGCGUUAAUUUCGAGCCCUGCUAGACAGUGAAUAGUUACCAUUGCUGGCAUCGCAAAGUUGGGUAAAUAAGAAGUUGAAUGUGUAAGUUAAAGAUUCUUACACUCUCUCAUAUCUGUCAAAAAUCCAUGUUGCCCAGAUCUCCAGUACAUCCAUGAUGAUUACAAUCUUGUUUAUGUCUUAAUCAACAUUCUCACUGCUUUUUAUGGUUUACACAGAAUUAGGAAUUUAGUUUUCUGCUAUACUUACAUCUAGUUUGACCAAAACCUUUUUCUCUGCAGUUUAUUUUCAAAUAUGAAGGAUUUGACAAGCCUUUUUUCACCACAUUCUUCAAGACAUCAUCAUUUAUGAUAUAUUUGACUGGAUUUCUUUUUUAUCAGCCAUGGAGGCUUCAAUGCAUUACAUGCUUAAAGAAUGAAACAUCCUCAAAUGUAAGUGACAAGAAAGAACAUGAUGAUCUCUAUGCAGAUCCUUAGAUUAUUAUUUGCCAUUUGCACAGCUCCCAUAAAACACCUUGUUUAUCUCCCAAUUUUUGAAAUGUUUGUAAUUUUUCCAAUUUCUUGUGAGAUGACUGUAAUACCCAGGUGGAAAUUGAAACAAAGGGUGUGCAACUUUUGGCGGGGGGAGGGGGGCCGUGGGGGAAGCAAAUAAGGUUUAUUUGGGGUGAUGUGCAAAUUGGCAAAUUAAACUUUCAAAAUAUUUUUUUUCAUAUUUAGGGGGGUCACCACAUUUAAGUUCACAUGCAACGUAGAGAAUCUGUUGGUUAAUUCAAGGUCACAUAGGGCUUGUUAUUGGCAUCUCUUAAUUUUUUUCACUUGAGAAUGCAGCUGAUUCCUUAUCUUGAAUAAUCAAUUACCUCCUGUUUCGUUCAACUCUCUAUUAUAAAAUCUAAAACCUACUUCUUAUUCUCAGUCAAAAUCUGUGAUCUUACCCUAAAAUUUUUAAAGCUCCCCCAAAUAUGAACCAAUUUCCUUUCCCAGGAGUUAGAAAAGUGGAUGAACUGCUAUAGCAUUUUGUCUGGACAUUUUUUUUUUCAGGUCUUGGUAUCUGCUGUAAAUCAAGAUAGUGAACACACAUCUCUUUUAAACUCACCUUCAUCCUCAGGGGAAACUACCCCAAUCCGAAGACCACUAAUGGUGAGUUGCAUCUUUUUAAACUUUCAAAGGAAGCCACAGUUAAAAUUCAACAAAUUUCAUAAAUUUCAUGUUACAAAAUGCUGAAAUAGAGAGGUUUCCCUUGUACGGUGACGGUCACUUCAUAAAAUUUUGUGCAAAGACUCAAAAUUAUAACAACUUACCAUAUAUUGAUAAAAUAAAAGAUUAAAUUAAUAGCAAAAUAAAUGACUCUCUACCCCCUAAUGGUACCUACUACUUGUCAACUGUUUUAGUAACAUCUCUUGACACUCUCCCAGUAAACAGUGUUGAAAUAUCCGGGUGAAACAAAUUAAUGAAAACCAUCGGUUUCAUUUUAGUAACAAUGGUUAAACUCUGUUUGCCUGUGGCCUGCAGUCUUCAUUACUGUCUUUUGUUAAUUGUCAGAAUGAGCCAACUUUUGAAGAAAUGACAGAUGAAGACAUUUCAACCAGCCGAUCAGCUGAAGUAGCUAGUCGUUCCUUUGAAAUAAUUCCAAGUAAGUUAAAAACACAUGCCUUGGAGAGAGAUUUACCUAGUGCUCAGUAAUAGUCUGGGUUCCCUGUGACUCACAUCCAACAUUGUCAUUGUUUAAAUUUAAAGUAAAUUAAUGGUAACUUGUAAUCACAUGCAUGGCACACUAUCAACUGCAAAUACUUUGCAAAAUCAGAUAACAAAAUUAGGUAAUUUUACAAGUGGUAAUCAAGCGAAAAAUAUUUUGAAUAUUGGUCACUUGCUUUAAUACACUCUUUAUCUUAACUAUAUAACAGGACCUAGGCGGGUGACAUUUAGCAGUGUGAGAGAAGUGCGGCAAUUAUCAGGUAAAUACAUGUAA